UGCCUUGCGUGGCGGUUGGAGCGGUGGCACAUCCCUAAACGGCUGGCGUGGAGAAAUCGGGCAGCUGCGUGUGCUUGAAGGAAGGAUAAAAGUGUCUAUGAGAAUGACAACUGCCUUGCUUUGCAACAUGCUAUUUCUGCUGGCAUUUGGAUUGGCUUCAGCUUUUAGCCACAGCCCUAGGAGCCCUGACAGAGUUUCUGAAGCAGAUAUUCAGCGGCUCCUCCAUGGGGUGAUGGAGCAACUGGGCAUUGCCAGACCCCGGGUAGAAUAUCCGGCGCACCAGGCUAUGAAUCUAGUUGGUCCACAGAGCAUUGAAGGUGGUGCACAUGAGGGUCUCCAGCACUUGGGUCCUUAUGGCAAUAUCCCAAACAUUGUGGCUGAGCUGACGGGAGAUAACGUGCCAAAGGAUUUCAGUGAAGAUCAAGGAUAUCCUGACCCUCCAAAUCCCUGCCCUAUUGGAAAAACAGUUGAUGAUGGGUGUCUAGAAAACACCCCAGACACAGCGGAGUUCAGCAGGGAAUACCAGCUGCACCAACACCUUUUUGAUCCGGAGCAUGACUAUCCCAGCAUGGGCAAGUGGAGCAAGAAUUUACUCCUUGAGAAGAUCAGUGGUGGUCCAAAAAGAAGAAAGAGGAGUGUGAACCCGUAUCUGCAAGGACAGCGACUGGAUAAUGUUGUAGCAAAGAAGUCUGUUCCACAUUUUUCCGAUGAAGACAAGGGUCCUGAAUAAGUACAAUAAAAAUGAAUGAUGAAAACUCAUGCCAUCUUCUGCUAGAUAAUAAUAUUGCUUAUAUAUAAUCAUCUAUUAAAAUCCUUGUGAAUGGCAGCAUGUUUAUUAUUUAUAUAAUUGUAGAUGAAAAACAGCUGUAUUUAUAACAGUAUGUUCUCCUAGAUAACAAAAAUAUGGUUCUGCUUUUUGUUAAGUUAUGGUAAAAGGACAUUUCUGUUGUUUUUAUUUUAGUCAUGGAGCAAACUUUAAAAAUGUUAGUCAUUUUAAUAGCUAACGCAAGGUAAAUGGUCUUAACGAGCAGCUUGUAAAUAGGAAGAUGUAAAAAAAUAAUAAAAAAAAGCCCGGUCUGACUCCAACAUUUAAUCUUAAGUGUUACCAUGUUUGACACAUGAAAAUUAUAGUUUUAUGUUUUGUUCGCAAAUAUUGUUACUUAGCAAAGACGAAGUAUUUAUUUUACCCAGAGAAUUUUGGCUUUUGGUCCAUUUUAAUAAACAUUUAAGCAAUCUACAAUGUUUGCAAAGUGACAUUUUCCAAAAUAUUUGAGAGGCUCAUUUGUCUCGGUUAUUGCUGUUUAAAUUUAAAAAUUAAAGAACUGCUUUUUGACUCUA